AUGAGUAAUAUCUUAAUCGUAAAUGGUGCGAAACAGUUUGCACAUUCAAAUGGUGAAUUAAACGAUACCCUGACUGCCUUAGGUGAAGAUGUGCUUAGCGAUUUGGGACAUCGUGUAAAAGUGACACGUACCGAUGCAGAUUACGAUGCUCAAGAAGAAGUAGAGAAAUAUCUCUGGGCGGAUGUUGUGAUCUAUCAAAUGCCAGGUUGGUGGAUGGGUGCGCCGUGGACCAUGAAAAAAUAUAUUGAUGAUGUUUUUACCACUGGUCAUGGCAGUUUAUAUGCCAACGAUGGUCGUAGCCGUUCUGAUGCUGCCAAAAAAUAUGGCUCAGGUGGUUUGAUUCAGGGGAAAAAGUAUAUGUUGUCGUUAACUUGGAAUGCACCCUUACAAGCGUUUGAUGAUCCUGAGCAAUUUUUCCAUGGUGUUGGUGUAGAUGGUGUGUAUUUACCUUUUCAUAAAGCCAAUCAAUUUUUAGGAAUGCAAAGUUUAGAAACGUUUAUUGUCAAUGAUCACCACAAAUUGCGCAAUAUGAACAGGCAUAUCGUCAACAUUUACAGCAGCUUUUUGCUUAAGCAAAUUGGAAUUUUGAAUAUCUCGUUUAAAAAAUUUAAGGAGUCUAAAAUGUUGACUAUUGUGGCUGAAAUCCGUGCAUAUCCAAAUGGAUUACACAAAGAUAAAAUUAUCCAAGCAUUUAAGAAAAUUACCCCGAUAGUAUUACAAGAGCAAGGCUGUCAUGGUUAUCAGCUAUUGGUCGACGCUGGUGUUGAUGUGAGUUAUCAAAGCAAGGAUUCUGAUUUGAUCGUGAUGCUUGAAAAAUGGGAAAGUAUUGAGCAUCUCAAUGCACACUUGCAAACUGUGCAUAUGCAAGCGUAUCAACUUGAAGUAAAAGAGCAUGUUGCUGAUGUUAAAAUCCGUAUUUUAGAACAAGGAUUUUAA